UUUCCCUUCACUCUCUCUCUCUCUCUCUCUCGCGCACACAGCCGCAACCAAACGACAACCCAUAAAUUCAAAAAAGAAUUAAAAAAUUAAAAAAUAAUAAUAAUAAUUUCCAUAAUUUAUCAGAAAAGAAGAAGCCAUUGUUUAUUAUUCCAUACAUUGCUCCGAUCGGAUCGUGACACCGAGUUGGACUCCUCUCCUCGUCGUCGUCGGCAUUCUUCUACGAGUCCGGAGCUCACUGCGCGUUCUCCCGUUCCCCCUUCAUUCUGCGAGCCGGAAUUCCGGCGGUUUCGAGCUGCAUUGUGAGGUCUUGCGUCGAUUGCUGCAGCGGCUGUUUUGGAGGAUUUCCGAUCAAUGCGCGUGGUUUUCAGAAAGGAGCGCCUUCGUUGAGCUGGUGAGGUUCAGAGGGUUUGGCCGUCUGAGAUGGAUCCGUUGUCUGUGAUCAGCGAGGAUCUAGCAGAGAUCGAUGGCCAGAUCGCCGACAUCUUCCGCGCCUUAUCAAAUGGAUUCCAGAAGCUGGAGAAGAUCAAGGAUGCGAAUCGGCAGAGUAGACAGCUGGAAGAACUCACAGGGAAGAUGAAGGAAUGUAAGAGGCUCAUCAAAGAGUUUGACCGAGAAGUAAAGGACUUGGAGAGUAGAAAUGAUCCAGCUACUAUCAAGAUGCUCAAUGAGAAAAAACAGGGGAUGGUUAAAGAGCUAAAUUCAUAUGUUGCUCUUAAAAAGCAAUACGCGACCAAUCUUGAAAACAAACGGAUAGAUCUCUUCGAUGGGCCUAACGAAGGGUUUCGCGAGGAUAAUGGCUUGCUGGCAUCAUCAAUGACAAAUCAGCAGCUUAUGGAUCAGGGAAACCAUAUGAUGGACGAGACUGAUCAAGCCAUUGAGAGGUCUAAAAAGACUGUUCAGGACACGGUCAAUGUCGGGACAGAGACUGCAGCAGCUCUAACGGCUCAGACUGAGCAAAUGAGCAGGAUUGUCAAUGAACUGGACUCUAUCCACUUUUCCAUAAAGAAAGCUUCCAAGCUAGUCAAGGAAAUUGGUAGGCAGGUUGCAACUGACAAGUGUAUCAUGGCUUUAUUAUUCCUCAUUGUGGUUGGGGUCAUAGCAAUCAUCAUUGUGAAGCUCGUAAACCCUAAUAACAAGGACAUUCGGGACAUCCCUGGGCUGGCCCCUCCUGCUCCUACCCGAAAGCUACUCUGGGAGAUCCAUUAAAGGAAGAAUAUCUGAUGAGUUGAUUUAUUGUGCGGAUGAUAUUUAUCGAUCUGAGAAAGCUUCAGUUUAUGCGGAGACAGUGAACCAAAAGGUUGAGUCCAUAGGUUCUUCUCGGCACUCAGGCAUUGUGGAAGACUACCGUUCUACGUCCUUCGCUACAGAUUUUCCUCCUGUGCGACCAAGACUGAAGGUCAUUGCCUAUAUCAGAUUUUUCUCGGAUGAGAGUUGUACUAAUUCACGCUGUCUAGUGGGAACUGUUGUGUUUAUUACUACAUGAAAAUUUUCAUUAAUCAUUGAUUUUUUUUUUGCUGCA